UUUUCAUGCACACGACACCUUUUGCUUCUCUUCCAUUUAACACAUAACUGGCAUAUGAAUCCAAACACGUCUCUCUCUCUCUCUUUCUCUCUCUCCCAACUCUUAAGUUCAAAGCUUCAGCCUCCAAUGCUUUUUAAACAAUUACAAACUUUGCAGAAUUAGAUCAAAAGAAACUAGAACAAAAGAAAAAAAACAGCUAGCUAAAUUUAUAGAGAUUGCUGAAAAGAUUCUAAAGUUGCACGUUAUUCUUUGUCAUGUGAAGUAUCAAAACUGUUCCUGAUCAACAACAACACAGUAUAUUACAUGGCAGAGCUUCUAUUAUUCACAUGUCUUUCACUACUUUUUCUUAUUACUCAAGAGAAUUGACAAAAAGAGAAACACCCUCUAAUUUUUUUUUAUAAUUAUUUCUUUUCCUAAGUGAAAUUUUCAUUUUGAGAAAGUACUUAUUAUGCUGCUAAGAAACAGAUCAAGAGCAGUGACUAAGCCAAAUUUAAUGGCUGAUCACAGUUCUCAACAAUCUUCCAAUAAUCAAAACUGUGCUAAAAAAUCAAUCCCUUCUCUAUUUGGUUCGCCAAAGUUAUUCAGAGAUUUCACUGCCAACAACAAUAAUACUAGUCUCUCAGAAGCUUUGAAAAGUCCAACUUCAAUUCUUGACACUAGAAUAUUACUAUUAUCCCCUUAUGCCUUUGGAAAAUCACUUUUUCAUGACAAGAAAAUCCAAACUGUUUCCAACAAAACUUUCUCAUCAAGAAGCAUUGGUCUUGCUCUUAUAGGUAAUGAUGAUUCAGUUGAUGAGAAUGAUUCUGUUGAACAUAACAAAGGAAAUGUUUUGUUUGGAACACAGCUUAGAGUUAAAAUUCCAUCUGAGUCUCACUCUCAAACCAUAGUCAAAGACGAACCAAAUUCUAUGUCUUUGAGUGAGAUGGAACUUUCUGAAGAAUAUACAUGUGUGAAGUCUCAUGGACCUAAUCCAAGAACUACUCAUAUUUUCAAUAACUAUGUUGUUGAAGAGAGUUAUUGUUCUUUGCCACAAAAAUCUAACUCAUGCUAUGGUAACUUUCUUGGAGUUUGUUACACCUGCAAGAAACAUCUUGAGCAGACAAAGGACAUCUUUAUUUAUAGAGGAGAAAAAGCUUUCUGUAGUAAAGAAUGCAGGCACAGAGAAAUGGUGAUAGAUGGUGUAGAAAGUUAAGAAGAAUUUGAAAGUACUAAUGCUUAAUUUUGAGGAUGAUAAUUAACAAGCAAGGAGAAAGUGAAGACAAAUUUUUUCUAUUAUUCCUCAUUAUGAUAUGAUGACUAGGUUGGUAGUAUUAGUAAUAACUAAUAGUAGUAUAUUUCAUUGUAAUAAAAGUAAGUUUUAUUUUUAUUUUUUUUCAUUUUGAAGGGUAUUUAUUUGUUUUUUUUUGUGUGUUUGUUUUUGAGCUCUCCAAUGGAAAUAAUAGAGAUAAGAGAGGGUGUUGAGUUAA